UUGUGGUUGCGCGGAGAAGGCAAGCUGGUCAGCUGGGUGCGGCGCGAGGGGUCGGUGUGUGAAGACUCAGCCGUCGACAUGCCUGGGAUAGACAAGCUGCCCAUCGAGGAGGCGCUGGAGGACAGUCCCCAGACUCGGUCUUUGCUGGGUGUAUUUGAAGAAGAUGCUGCGGCAAUAUCUCGUUACAUUAACCAGUUAUAUAAAGCCAUGCACCGAAUUUAUGAUGCCCAGAAUGAAUUAAGUGCAGCAACACAUUUAACUUCGAAGCUUCUGAAAGAAUACGAGCAGCAGCGCUUUCCUUUGGGUGGUGAUGAUGAAGUUAUGAAUUCUACUCUGCAGCAGUUUGCAAAAGUGAUAGAUGAGCUCAGUUCGUGUCAUGCUGUUCUGUCAACUCAGUUAGCCGAUGCCAUGAUGUUUCCCAUUACUCAGUUUAAAGAAAGGGAUUUAAAAGAGAUAUUGACUUUAAAAGAAGUUUUCCAGAUCUCAAGCAAUGAUCAUGAUGCUGCCAUCACCAGAUAUAGUCGUCUGUCAAAAAAAAGAGAAAAUGAGAAGGUCAAAUAUGAAGUUACAGAAGAUGUGUAUACUUCCAGGAAGAAACAACAUCAGACUAUGAUGCAUUAUUUCUGUGCAUUAAAUACUCUUCAGUACAAGAAGAAAAUCGCUAUGUUAGAACCUUUAUUAGGAUACAUGCAAGCUCAGAUAAGCUUCUUCAAGAUGGGAUCAGAAAAUCUUACUGAACAGCUAGAAGAGUUUUUAACAAACAUUGGAACAAGUGUGCAGGAUGUUCGCAGGGAAAUGGAUCGUGAAGUAGAGACUAUGCAGCAGACUAUAGAAGACUUGGAGGUAGCCAGUGACCCGCUGUAUUUGCCUGACCCUGAUACUACAAAAUUUCCUAGCCAACGGAACCUUACUCGGAAAGCUGGUUAUCUUAAUGCAAGAAAUAAAACAGGGCUCGUGUCUUCCAGUUGGGACAGGCAGUUUUAUUUCACUCAGGGUGGAAACUUAAUGAGCCAGGCACGAGGAGAUGUAGCUGGAGGACUUGUUAUGGAUAUAGACAACUGUUCAGUCAUGGCUGUGGACUGUGAAGACAGAAGAUACUGCUUUCAGAUAACAUCUUUUGAUGGCAAAAAGUCUUCUAUUUUGCAGGCAGAGAGCAAAAAAGAUUAUGAGGAGUGGAUAUGUACAAUAAACAACAUCUCUAAACAGAUAUACCUAAGUGAAAACCCAGAGGAAAUUGCUGCACGUGUAAAUCAGUCAGCUCUAGAGGCGGUCACCCCCUCACCUUCCUUCCAGCAGAGACAUGAGAGCAUGAGGCCAGCAGUACAGUCCCGUCCUCCCACAAAUCGUACUAGCAGCACUGGGUCUUUGGGAUCUGAUUCAGCAUCUCUGUCAGCGCUUUCUUUGGAUUCACUUGUUGCACCUGACACACCUAUACAGUUUGACAUCAUUUCUCCAGUGAGCGAAGAUCAACCUGGCCAGGCAAAAUCCUCAGGACAGUCAGGCAGGCGUACAAACCCUUUUGGAGAAUCUGGAGGGGUUAAAUCAGAAACAGAAGAUUCUAUCCUUCAUCAGUUAUUUAUUGUAAGAUUCCUUGGAUCCAUGGAAGUGAAGUCUGAUGAAAAUCCUGAUGUGGUUUAUGAAACUAUGCGCCAAAUACUAGCAGCUCGAGCUAUACAUAACAUUUUCAGAAUGACAGAAUCACAUCUGUUAGUCACAUGUGACUGUUUAAAGUUAAUUGAUCCACAGACACAAGUUACAAGACUCAGGUUUCCUUUGCCAAAUAUAGCUCUGUAUGCUACACAUCAGGAAAACAAACGCCUUUUCGGAUUUGUGCUUCGAACUUCAUCAGGGAGACCAGAUAGCAGACCGACUUCAGUAUGCUAUAUAUUUGAAUCAAACAAUGAAGGGGAAAAGAUAUGUGACUCCGUAGGACUUGCAAAACAGAUUGCAUUUCAUGCUGAAGUGGAUCGCAGAACCUCAGAAAAACAGAAAGAAAUAGAGAGGGUGAAAGAGAAACAACAAAAGGAGCUCAGCAAACAAAAGCAAAUUGAAAAGGACUUGGAAGAGCAAAGCCGUCUAAUAGCUGCUUCUAGUAGAUCUAAUCAGAGUGCUGGAGAGGGCCAAUUUGUUGUCCUUAGUAGCCAGUCAGAAGACAGUGAUUUGGGAGAAGAAGGGAAGAAGAAACUUGAAUCUGAAGCAUGAGCUGACUUCCGGAGUCGUCUUUGGACAUGUUGUCUGAGAUGAGAUGGCAUAGAAUGCAGAAGAAACAAAGGUGGAGGGUUUCCUUUAUUAGAUGAGACUUCAUAUUUUGAACUUUCAUUUUUCUUUUCCUGCACUUGCAUAAUGUAGAUACGGACUUUCUUUCAUACUGUAAGGAAUAAUGUUUAAUGGUUGUAGCAGAAUUGGAGUUUAUGGACUUUUUUUGGUUACCAGGGCGAUCUUAAUGACGUAAAUAUCUGCAUAAAUUAAGUAUGAGUUUACUCUUCAUUUUCAAAAUGUGCUUUAAAUAGGUAUCUUGCUAUUUGCUGCUAAAUGAUUCUAAAUGGCCCGGGGAAAAUAAGUAGUGCAAAACCAGAAAAAUCACGAUAGUGUUUUAGAUGAAAUGAUUUUCGUCACUUUUAUUUGAAAUUGCAAUGGAUGUUAUUGGCCUUAGCUUCUCAACAUAUUUUUGAUGACUUCCUUGAAUGGUGACUGCAAAACUAAUGCAGGCUAGCAAUUGGAGUGGGUGUAAUUGUCCAUGUAACAAAUGUUUCCAUUUAAAGAUGAGAACAGUAUAUGUGUGUCCAAGUAAUUGACAAUGAGCUUGCAAUGCGUUAGUGGCAUUCAGUAAAUCUUUGGAGUUAGGUUUGAGAAUAUUGAUAGAACUGUUUGCUCAAAGAAUUUAUAAACUAACCAUUGAGAUAUAUGAAUUAAAAUCAGAUAUACAGCUGUCUAAUUUUGUUGACAGCUGUUUUGCUGGACAACUUUGCUAAACAGCUUGGCGUGCCACAUAAGUGCUUGUGUAGCUUGCAUAAAUCUGCUAAACUGCUGAGAACAGAAGGCUGAUCUCUGUUUUUAUUUAGAAAAAAAGUAACGUCUUAAAAUAUAUCAGAUGUCAGCAUUUUCCUCCUGCACCAGAGGACUCUUAAUACAAAUGAUUAGCUUUUAUAUUGUACUAAUUGCAGUAACUAGGAAACUCCAUUUCUGACUCCCAUACAUUAACAACUAGAAAUUAUAACGUCAUACAUCCGAAAUGAUCGAGCUGUUAGUUUCACUAAAAGCAAUCUGUAAAAUGGGCUUAAUCCAUGGAAGCUGUUCAGAAUAUCAGAGGCCAACAUUUAGUCUCCUGUGUGUUCUGCUGCAGGCUCUGUGUAUCAUUUAUAAUGUGAACAAAGGAAGCCUAUAUCCUAUCCCCUUUCAUCCAAGCAGGGUUAUAUUUUUUUAAAAACUGCCGUAAGGAUUGCUCAAAAAACUGCCUUGACAUACCUAACUUUCUGUAGCUGAAAUGGGGAAAAAACCACUCUGAAGGAAAAAACAAAAAUGCAUCAUGAAUCAUUAGAUAUCUGAGACCUUUUGAAGUAUCCAUUAUGCUACCCACUCCUGAGACCUGUGGAGGAAGUUCUCCCAUAGAACUCUGAUACUGUUUCCCAAGAAGCUCUAUGAGUAUCUAUCAAAAGGGGCUGGAUGAUAUGGUGCCAGUAAAUUUAGGGGCUGCAGCUGUUAGCAGUUUCUCCCCCUUCCACCACCACCUUGAGUUUCUGCAAUUAUCAAGUCAUGCAUAAAGCUGAUGAAAUACAUUUAAUGCUGCUUCAUUUACUUGUGGUAAAGGAAUACUAAACUAUGCCUCGGCCACACGGGCAGGAAAAUGCGGGGGGGGGGGAGGCGUGGCUGUUUGCCCCGGAGCAAACUAACGCGCGACUGCACGAUCAGGCUUCGGGUUGAGGUCCUAUCGAGCUCCCAUGGUUAGGGGGGAGGUGCCAAUCACACGCAGCAAAGAAGUGGAGCAGCGCGGCAA